GGAGCUGCCCAUCCCCAGUCAGGUCCAAGGCGCCGUCCUGCUCACACCUUCUGCACCCGCUGCUUGGCCGCACUCCUUCCACUCUUUGCCUGCCUUCGUGAGCCGCCGGGCCCGCCGACGCCGCUCCUCCCGCUGUGCUUUUGACGAUCUCCGCCUCCCAAGGCAGAACCGCGGACGAACGUGACAGAAAAGCCGGAGCGAGAGAACAGGACGCGAUGGCACUUGUCAAGCAAGCCAUGAUUGCCGUGACGGCAGCUGUCAUCUUCGCGCUCGUGUAUGGAGAAGGGGUUGACCCCAACUGCCUCGGGUGCCUGUGCGAGGCCUCCACCAAGUGCAACGCCUCCACGGCCUGCCACACGCCCUACCCAGGGGCAUACUUCUGCGGGCCCUUCCUCAUCUCAUGGGCAUACUGGGCCGACGCAGAUAAGCCAAUCAUUGAGGGCGACAACGCGGAACAGAAGGGAGCCUUCGAGCGCUGCGUGCAGGACCUGUACUGCGGAGCCGAGACCGUCCGUCGCUACAUGGCUAAAUUCCUCGAUGAUUGCAACGGCGACGGCGCAGUGACCUGUAUCGACGUGAUAAGGACUCACAAAUUCGGUCGCGAGGGUUGCGGCGGAGUCAUUCAGCAAGGAGACAAGUUCUGGUCCCAGUACCAGGAGUGCGAGACCCGACUCUCCCUUUAAUGAUCGACUGCAACCUCGACGGGACGGUGGACUGCCGCGACUACGCCCACAUCCACAUGAUGGGCGGGUACGGGUGUAAAGAUCCAUCUGUCAGAACCACCGACUUCUAUAAAGUUUUUGAAAAGUGUUGGGAUGUAGUUAGCGCCGCUUCUUCUCCAACUGCUACGUAGAUUAAAAGGCAUUAUAUAAAUAUAUAUAGUAAUAUGGUUUUUAAAAAAUCGCAAAAAAUACUACGCCUGUGCCCCCUUUGACACGUCGUAUCUUGUGAGCUGACUCGUUUUGAAAUCCAUUUUUUUUUUUCUAAAUUACCGAAUCAUUGAGUAAAAUGGAUUAUCGGGAGUUCUCUCACCGAUAAGUAUAGGAAUUCUGAACGAGUAAGCUGUCUACUUAUUUAUUUUCUGGUUUAAUGAACUUUCUUGCUUUAUUUCGCUGAAAGUUCUCUACUCGCAAGGCUUUAAAAUGGCAUAAUUGUAUUUUUCUCUCUCUUUUUUGGUCCAAAAGAAACUCUCUGGGUUUAAUAUAUUUAUAAAGAAGGGCCUGUCGGUUUUUAUUAAAACAAAAAGAACAAUAUUGGGGAAACAGACCUAUUCAAAGUAAAUUUUCAUUACCUUUAUCUUAGAUAUUUUGGUUAUUUUAAAACGACUGAAUCAUUCCCUUUACUUGCAUCAAACGGAAGCACGAGAUUUAACACUUCUUUAAGAGUUCAAGUUUGAGGUUUAUAAUGUGAAGUUACUUGCCUUAAUAAAGUAUUGUGAAAAAA